GAAUUAUGAGUUGUUUAAACCGAUGUCCAUUAGGUGGAUUGGAUUUUUAGCCAAGGCACGAGAUCGCCAUGACACGGACGUUUGACGUUUAUGACUGGAUAGUGUUUGUUGGGAUACUGCUAGUUUCUGUCGGGAUUGGUAUCUACCAUGCCUUGGCAGGCGGUGGACAGAAAACUACUGGAGAAUUCCUGAUGGGCAACAGAAAGAUGAGCAUGAUACCAACUGCUCUUUCCAUCCUAGUCUCAUUUCAAUCUGCCAUAUUAAUUUUAGGUGCCCCGGCAGAAGUCUACACCAAAGGAACUCAGUAUUAUUUAUAUACUUUUGGACAAAUGUUUGCAGUGUUGUUGGCGUCCGUUGUCUAUGUUCCACUGUUUUACCCACUAAAACUGACCAGCAUGUACGAGUACCUUGAACUUCGCUUUAAUUCGCGAGCUGCUAAACUAACUGGGACCUUCAUCAACAUAAUAUCUACAUUGAUAUACUCAGGGAUCACAUCAUUUGCCCCUUCAACUGCUCUGCAAGCAAUGACUGGCUUCCCAGAGUGGGCUUCCUUUGUCACCAUCGGAAUUGUAUGUACCCUGUACACUUGCCUGGGCGGACUGAAGGCUGUAAUUUGGGUGGACGCGUUUCAGUUCCUGAUCAUGAUGUCCGGUAUUCUGGUCAUCAUUGUCAAAGGGGUGCUUGAGGUUGGAGGGUUCGGUGAGAUGUGGAAAAUCAAUCAGGAAUGGAACAGAGUAAACUUUUGGAAGUGAGUAAAUCGGAUCAAGACUAUUAGUAUACUCAGUAAAAUGUUUUUGAGAUAUGAAACAGGAAAAUCAUUAAAUUUUACUCGCAUAUUGAAUAAUAAGAAGAAUGCCAACACAUAUUUUUGCCUAGAAACAAUCAAGACCAGAUAAGGCUGCAGCUAUGAAGGUCAAAUAUAGGGGUCAAAGGGUAAGUUCAUUACUUUAUGAUGUAACACAGCAUAUCAUUGGUCAAGGAGCAGGGGCAAUAAUGAGGUGUAUUGGCCCCCAAAAAUGUCCAUUUAUAAUUUUAUCAAGAUUCUUGUUUCAUGUAUACUUUCUAUCAAUAGAGUACUUGGUAAGUAAAAAUAUGCAAAUAGGGAGAAAAAUUGUGACGUCAUGACGUCUAAAAACUGGCGGGAAACUUCACGUUAUUUUACAAAUUUGUGAAUUAUGAUGUUAUUUUUGAUGUUCACAUCAAUAUCUAGUAACCUCCGCAUGCUAGUACCAGUGUUAUGUAUAUGGUGUUACUGGUCUGUGAGAUAUCUUAUAGUAUUAUGGUCUAAGGGGAAAUAACUCCAUUCCGGAUAUUGUUGUUUAUUUCUAAUUUUGUUUUAUUAGUUUGUACUUGAUUCCGGAUAUGUUGGUC